AUGACCCUAAACCUCCAGUACACGAGCAUAGGCACCAGUCUAUUCUUCCAGACCACAAUCAUAGUGACCACAUUCCUUGAGAAUGAGUCAGCGACAUCACGCUCAACCUCCAGUACACAAGCAUCAGUAUCACACUGCACCUCCAGUACACAAGCAUCAGUAUCACACUACAUCUCCAAUACACAGGCAUCAGUAUCACACUGCACCUCCAGUACACAAGCAUCAGUAUCACACUGCACCUCCACACACAAGCAUCAGUAUCACACUGCACCUCCAGCACACAGGCAUCAGUAUCACACUGCACCUCCAGUACACAAGCAUCAGACACACUGCACCUCCAGUACACACACAGGCAUCAGUAUCACACUGCACUCCAGUCACAGUGCAUCAGUAUCACACUGCACCUCCAGUACACAGGCAUCAGUAUCACACUGCACCUCCAGCACACAGGCAUCAGUAUCACACUGCACCAGUACACACAGCAUCAGUAUCACACUGCACCUCCAGUACACAAGCAUCAGUAUCACACUGCACCUCCAGUACACAAGCAUCAGUAUCACACUGCACCUCCAGUACACAGGCAUCAGUAUCACACUGCACCUCCAGUACUCAGGCAUCAGUAUCACACUGCACCUCCAGUACACAGGCAUCAGUAUCACACUGCACCUCCAGUACUCAGGCAUCAGUAUCACACUGCACCUCCAGUACACAAGCAUCAGUAUCACACUGCACCUCCAGUACACAGGCAUCAAUAUCACACUGCACCUCCAGUACACAAGCAUCAGUAUCACACUGCACCUCCAGUACACAAGCAUCAGUAUCACACUGCACCUCCAGUACACAAGCAUCAGUAUCACACUGCACCCAGUACACAGGCAUCAGUAUCACACUGCACCUCCAGCACAGGCAUCAGUAUCACACUGCACCUCCAGCACACAAGCAUCAGUAUCACACUGCACCUCCAGCACACAGCAUCAGUAUCACACUGCACCUCCAGUACACAAGCAUCAGUAUCACACUGCACCUCCAGCACAAGCAUCAGUAUCACACUGCACCCAGUACACAAGCAUCAGUAUCACACUGCACCUCCAGUACACAAGCAUCAGUAUCACACUACAUCUCCAAUACACAGGCAUCAGUAUCACACUGCACCUCCAGUACACAAGCAUCAGUAUCACACUGCACCUCCAGUACACAAGCAUCAGUAUCACACUGCACCUCCAGUACACAAGCAUCAGUAUCACACUGCACCUCCAGUACAUAAGCAUCAGUAUCAUACUGCACCCCAGCACACAAGCAUCAGUAUCACACUGCACCUCCAGCACACAGGCAUCAGUAUCACACUGCACCUCCAGUACACAAGCAUCAGACACACUGCACCUCCAGUACACACACAGGCAUCAGUAUCACACUGCACUCCAGUCACAGUGCAUCAGUAUCACACUGCACCUCCAGUACACAGGCAUCAGUAUCACACUGCACCUCCAGCACACAGGCAUCAGUAUCACACUGCACCAGUACACACAGCAUCAGUAUCACACUGCACCUCCAGUACACAAGCAUCAGUAUCACACUGCACCUCCAGUACACAAGCAUCAGUAUCACACUGCACCUCCAGUACACAGGCAUCAGUAUCACACUGCACCUCCAGUACUCAGGCAUCAGUAUCACACUGCACCUCCAGUACACAGGCAUCAGUAUCACACUGCACCUCCAGUACUCAGGCAUCAGUAUCACACUGCACCUCCAGUACACAAGCAUCAGUAUCACACUGCACCUCCAGUACACAGGCAUCAAUAUCACACUGCACCUCCAGUACACAAGCAUCAGUAUCACACUGCACCUCCAGUACACAAGCAUCAGUAUCACACUGCACCUCCAGUACACAAGCAUGCUACAGAGUCAGAUGGCAAGUAUCAAGGGUUUCCAUAUGUUUAA